CCUCUCUCUUAUUCUACUCAGUCAUGUAGGUUAUGUCGUGGGAAGUGGGUAGUGUGGCGUGUCUCAAGUAAUAAAAAUCAAUGCAAGCUGGUGGUGACUAUGUCGGAGGAACUGUUGGUCGUUCUGAAUCGUAGUGAAAACUCCGGUUUCGGUUUUUCCCUGUUGGGAAAACCAGGCCUACCACCCAUCAUCUACAACAUUUUGGACGAUUCUCCGGCCGCUGAAAGCGGAGAGGUGGAAGUUGGAGACGUUAUCUUGAAAGUUAACGAAACUGACGUGAAUCGUUUCAGUACGAAAGAAGUUUUAAAAUGCCUACGAUUAUCGUCAGAUCCUGUAACACUAAAAAUAAAACGUGAUCCGAAAAUCAAAGCGACUGUUCGUAAGCACCUCCUCUCUGUUGGCGGCGACUCUGCCGCCCCCCGUCCCCGCCCCCGGCCCGGCCCCUUGGUUCACCAGAGCCAUGUCCGCAAUGGCAGCUGCCCCCCUGAACAACAGUCCCUCCUCUCUGACCCCGACGACAACGACCGCCUCCAGUGGGAGCCUUUGGCAGCUAGCGACAAAAAGCCGAGCAACAAACCCAAAUUUGAGGCUUACAUGAUGACCGGCGAGCAUAUCCUCAACAUCUCGCGUAUGCCUAAACAACAGAAAAAGAUCGAGAGUUUGAGGUACCACAACAGCCACACCCAUCACCUCCGCCACCAGCAGCAACACAAUUCGGUGCCAAACAGUCCCAACGAAAUGGACAUGGGCUCGAAGGGCAACCAUUGCAAAUCGGGCUCGAAUUCGGCCAACACUUCGCCGGUCAGUGCCAAUAAAUGGGACACACACCCAUCACCAGGCUCUGGUGAUGGGUCCAAGUAUAAUAGCAAUUUUGUGAGGACGAGUCGUUCCGAAGACCAGUUACAAGCAUCACAAAAUGAUAAUUGUGGAAUGAGUGCUGUGAAUAUUGACGUUGAUGAUGACAUCACCAGCUCGCUGAAUACGCUUCUGGACACCCGACCCGAGUCAGUGAGCGCUUCGGGUGACAGCGACAGAAUCGUGUGGACGUACAACGCCCCGCCCACCGGCGACCACCACGCCAAAUUCUGCCACACCCUCUCCAAUGGCAGCAGUUCGUCCCAUAGUAACACCUCCCCCUCGUCCAGUCCCCUUCAUUCCGGCUCGCCGGCGUCUCCCACAUCGGUGUCUUCCUCGGUGAUGUCCAGCCAAUCCGGUUCGCGUCGACUUCCAUACACACCCACUGGAGGCGUGGCUCCGCCACCUCCAACCAAUGGCGAUUUUAGCGUAUCGGAGGCAAUUUCGAAUAUUUCAAGUCCGGAUUAUCAUGAUGAUGACAGUAUGGGCAUCAGAGAUUGUGUGAUGGAGAUUAGUGAUCAUAGUGACAGUGACAGUACGCUUUUGGUGUCGGAACCAAGACAACGGCAGAAUAGUGAUCAUAGAAUAGUGAUACAAGUGAAAGGACCGGAUAAUAGAGGCAAAACCUGUGAUAGUCAGAACGAAAUGGUCGAACUGGCCGACCUUGAUGAUGACGGUGCUCGAAACCCUUCGCCACAGUCGUCGGAAGACGAAAGCGACGUCGAAAGUCUGCACAGUUUUCAUUAUUCGCCAAAAGCGGUCGAUUUGCCUUCGGCCAUUCGUUUGGCCAAACGUCUCUACAGUCUAGAUGGCUUUAAAAAAUCGGACGUUUCACGACAUCUCAGUAAAAAUAACGAUUUCAGCCGCGCUGUUGCCGAAGAAUACCUAAAAUAUUUCAAUUUCGAAAACGACACUCUAGAUAUAGCCCUACGAAAGUUCCUCAAACAGUUCUCUCUCACCGGCGAAACGCAGGAACGCGAGAGAGUUUUGGUUCAUUUUUCUAAGAGAUAUUUAGACUGCAAUCCGGGUUCUUUUAAUUCACAAGAUGCGGUACAUACGUUGACGUGCGCCAUUAUGCUGCUCAAUACCGAUCUACACGGCCAGAAUAUUAGCAGGAAAAUGACCUGUAAUGAAUUUAUCGAAAAUUUAGCUGGAUUAAACGAACAGGAAAACUUUCCGAGGGAUGUUCUUAAGGCGCUCUACCACGCCAUCAAGAAUUAUCCGCUGGAGUGGGCGCUAGACGAAGAUACUGAAGAUGGCGCCGCUCAAAUGCCGAAACCUGGCGAACAAAUCGGCGCUAAUCCGUUUUUGGACGUUCCAAUGUCAUCGAACGCCGUCGAAUACAAGAAGGGUUACGUCAUGCGCAAGUGCUGUUACGAGGCGAACGCCAAACGAAGCCUUUGCUGCAUUUUUCUAGCACCGUUUCACAAGCGUAGCUGGAAGAUGUUUUAUUGUACAUUGCGGGAUUUGGUGUUGUAUCUGCACAAGGACGAAAACGGCUUCAGGAAGAAUCAAAUGGGUGAUAAUUUUCAUAAUGCGAUAAGGAUACACCAUGCACUAGCCACCAAAGCUACAGAUUAUACGAAAAAAAUGUUCGUUUUUAGGUUACAGACCGCCGAUCAAGCCGAAUAUUUAUUUCAGACUGGUGAUUCGAAAGAACUGCAAUCAUGGAUCGAUACAAUUAAUUUUGUGGCUGCUAGUUUUUCGGCAGCUCCGCUAGAGGCCGCUGUUGGGUCGCAGAAAAAAUUCCAAAGGCCACUCUUGCCCUGUAGUCAUACGAAAUUAAAUAUGCGUGAGCAGCUUCGCGACCACGAGGAGAGAGUACUUAGACUGGAAUCGGAACUUGAAGAUCACCGUAAAUCGCCCCCUGACAAAGGCUCCAAGUCACUAAUAGUCCAAAACUACAAAGAAAAAGAAUCCUAUUUGACAUUUGAGGUGAAGCGAUAUCGCACCUAUUCGUACAUUCUGCGGUCGCGGAUUGGCCAAUACGUGGAGCCACACCCUGUCAGUUUAGUCGAGAAUAGCAUUGGCGAGGUGGACGAGGCGGCCGCAGCCGGUGGACCAAUGGACGUGACUGGGGGCGUGGUCGUCCCGCCCCCGAUCCCAGACAGGCCCGCCCCCUCCACCAAUAGGUGUAGUUUUUCUGUGCACAUAACUUACUUCCCCCGAAUUUUCGACGCAAGGAGAGGCCCCGAGUGAAUGAAGAUUGGAGUAAAAAUUUUGUGCCGAUUUUACCAAAGAAAAUUUCGAACGAAAAAAAAAUCACCGCGCUUGCUAUUUUAUGUAUAAAAAUGUAGCUUUUAUGUAAAUUUUUAUUUUAAAUACACAACAUAUUAUUUAUGUAUAUUGUUGAAUCAAUAAAAAGACCAAAUGUUUAUACCCGAAA